UCCAUUUUUCAAAAAGUACUCAGCUCAUAUUUCCAUUUCUUCCUCUAAUAAUACCUGUUUGUGCUUCUUCCACUUUUUCUCUCCCCAAAAGCUCCUUGUCAUAAAAGCCAGAAUGGCAUACUCAAAGGUAAUCAUUGCUCUAAUGUUGGCGUUUGUUGCCGGAUCUGCUUUAGCACAAGCACCUGGAGCAUCUCCAGCAGCUUCUCCUAAGAGUUCUCCGGCACCGGUAGCAUCACCUCCUCCUACUACAUCAACACCACCUGUCUCUGCUCCUACAACUGCAUCUUCUCCAUCCGAUUCUCCAAUGGCAUCCCCACCAGCUCCACCAACUGUUGACACUCCAGCAUCAUCUCCUUCAGGCGGUGCUUCUCCUCCAUCUAUCUCUGCCGCUCCCGGGGGUUCUCCUACCGAAUCACCAAACUCUGCUUCCUUCAACAGAGUCGCUGUCGCCGGAUCUGCUGUUGCAGCUGUCUUUGCUGCUGCUUUCAUGCUCUAAAUCUCUGAUCUGUGAAUAUUUGCAUUUUUUCAUUCACCGGAGUUGAUGAGUUAGAGUUUAUUUUUCAUUGUUCUAAUGUUCAUUCUUUUUUUACUUUUGACUUUUAUAUAUUUUGAUGGUGGUAGUCUAACCGCUGUUGAUUUUCUUGUACUAUUCUUAUUGUUAAAUAUUAUUACGGGAUUCUUUGUUUA